AUGGAAUUGAACAAUAAAGAUGGACACAACAAGUUGGUCUAAUUAUCGUAUUUUUUAUUUUUAGACUUGAAGCUUCUGCGUUUAUUUGUGGUGCUGUAGAAGGUAAGCGAUGAUCUUGCAGAAUUUCUAGUGCAAGUUUUACCAAUGUGUGCAUGAGUGACAUGAAGUUUAUUAAACUUUCAACUGUUAGGUUUUUAUGGUCGACCAUGGACAACAGAGCAGAGGAAAGACUUGUUUGAAAGGUUUAAAACCCUCGGACUGAACACAUAUCUUUAUGCUCCUAAAGAUGAUCUUAAACAUCGAUUCGAAUGGAGGUCGUUGUACAAUGAGGAGGAAAAGGGUUUGUUUGUCUUUAAAUUUUUUGCAUUUUUUAGGUAUCAAGAAAAUAAUUUUCAUUUAGGUCUCCUCACUGAAUUAAUACAGUCAGCUAAUAAAAACAAUGUCACAUUUGUGUAUUCUUUGUCCCCGGGAAUCGAUAUCAUCUAUUCUGAUGGCAAAGAAAUCGAAGCGAUUCAGGAGAAGUUAUGCCAAGUCAGAGAAAUGGGAUGUUCUGCCUUUGCUUUAUUAUUCGACGACAUAGAGAACUGCAUGAACAAGAAGGAUGCCGAAGUUUUCGACUCGUUUGUGAUGGCUCAGCUCACUGUUACUAAUGCAGUCUACAAUUAUAUGGGGUGUCCAACUUUUUUCUUUUGUCCUACUGAAUAUUGUUCAUCAAGAUGUAUUCCCAACCUCCCAAAUUCUAGCUAUUUGAAUACACUUGGGGAUAAAUUGCUCCCGUCGAUUCAUAUUAUGUGGACCGGGCCUCAGGUAUGUCAUGCCAAAACGUUUUUAUUCUAUCAUUUAGGUCGUAUCCCCUGAAUUGACGGUGGAGCAUGCACAAGAUGUGGCCAAGGUGAUGAAACGGAAACCGUUGAUUUGGGACAAUCUUCACGCCAAUGAUUAUGAUCCGAAGCGGGUUUUUUUAGGUCCAUUUAAGGGCCGCUCAGUUGCAUUAAAAAAUGAGAUUUCUGGAAUGCUACUUAACCCCAAUUGUAAAUACGAAGCUAAUUUUAUUCCGUUCUACACAUUGGCCAUGUGGAACCAAAGUGAAAGAGAUGAGGAGGGGAUGGAUGAACUAAACGGACUUAAUGUCUACAGGCCUCAACGAGCCUUGGCUGAUGCUCUUGAUCGGUGGAGAGACCUGUAUACCCGAGGGCCUGGACCGGCGAUUCCUCCAAUUAGUCAGGUAGAAAGUACAAUGGCUCCAAUCAUCGAUCCGAGCGCUCCUGCGCCCUCAAUCAUCGUCCCUCCGCCGACGAUUCGAACCUGCGAAGGAAACGACAUGAUCCCGGACACUUUGGAAUCCCCGGCUCCCGUUUACACGUCACCGGUUGGGAAUGCGACCACAGUCACAGUUCAAGCAUUCCCGAUAAAUGAGACUGUUGUGGGGGUUGCCGAGACUGUAAGUUACUAUAAACAAAUGUUUACUUUCUUAUAGCAUGAUGUACCUUUGACAGUAAACUCGUUGUGUUCUGAAUACAGUGAAACUCCAGUUGAAGCGUGCAGAGUAAAUCAAUCUGUCGAGAAUCUUGUGAGCGCCACGGAUUCAGAACUACCAAUGGAGCAGGAUUCAAACGACUCCAUGAUCCCGGCCGCGUUAGUUUCGAAAGUUGUGUAUAUGAAAGCUGAGGCUUAUUUUUAGGAUCGAUUCUUCCCAAUUGGCCCUUCUUGUUGACCUUUUCUAUCUUCCAUUUGAUUAUGGGGAAAAGGGAGUCCAACUUCUUGAAAACUUUCAAUGGAUCCACAAGCACGCUUUUCAGAUUGAUGGAAUUUCUCAGGACAAGGCCACUGAGUUAGAAUUCAGCCGUCGUUUCAAGAGUUUUAUCAACUUCCAGAAACAGUUAGAACUUUUGUUCCGAGUAUUCUUGGAAGCUCCAAAUAGAAGUCUAGUUCAGGAGAUCUUUCCAUAUUUGGCUGAAGCCCAUGCCAUCACAACAGUACUCUCAGCACUUCUCCAAUGGAUGAAAGAUGGUGGAUUGAUGGUGGAACCAACUAAUAUGGAGAGUUGGUGGUUAUAUCGACGAGCUGAUGUGGAGCCCUGGUCGUUUGGAAAUGGGAUCUUGGUUGAUCUCCAGAAGUUAAUCAUCUCGAGUCCUGCGUUGGCUGACCUGCUGGUAUUUAAAGUCCCAAUUCCAUUGCCUAUUUCGUCUUAUACGAUUAAGCCUGUCACUUAUACAGAGCUAGACUUUGUAAGUACAAUUUUAAUUGAUACUAUCUUACGAGAUGUUUUAUUCACGGUAGUUAAUUUGCAGCAAAAAGUGUUUGAAUACUUUUCCUUGGAGGCCGAGCGAGAAUUUUUGAGCCAGAUCUCACCGAAGGCUUCAACAGAUAUAUUUUUUGACAAAACCUUCGCUUUUCACUUCAAAUACGGUCGUCCUCCUCACCAUUUCACUAUUGAGGAUAUCGAAUAUAACGGGAAGCGGAGUAUGUUUGCAUUGUUGACCUCCAUUAUAUCCGUUCCCUCAACGCUUCAAAAAAUAAAGGACGAGUUUGUAAAUGAAUACAGAGAGAAAUACAUGGACAUGCUAGAAGACGGGGACGAUAAAGAAGUAAGUAAAGUCAUGAUUCAAAAUAUUUGUGAAAAACGUAUUGUCUUUGUUUUAGGCUGCCCUCAAGUUUGUCAGGGACAUUGAUGAAUGGCCUCUGUUCCAUUUAACGGAAGAGUUCCUAACUCUAUUCCCGAGUUAUAUGGAGGUCAGAUGGAGGGAAUUCAUCCCGGAGUCGGCUUGGGUGCGAAGAUUGAUUCACACUGCAGCCGCAGCCCUGGCCAUGAAUGGUAUGCCCUUUGAACGUGAUUCAGGGCCAAUGUUAUGUUGUGAAUAUUGAGUUAUUGGGGGCAAUAAUUAGUCUAAUUAAUUGAUUUCAGGUUCGUCCGGAUUUUUUAUUAUUAUUCCGUCGGCUGAUGAACAUCUGGUUCAAUUAUACUCCAAAUUUGGACUAGAACAAAUAAAUUCAAUCCAAAUCAAAGACAAAGUUGUGAUGGCUCACUCUCUAGUAUAA